AAGUGGAGAGUGUUUUCGUUUCGACUGUGAAAUUCCCUACCGGGAAUUCAAAUUUUUCGUACAGAGCGCCAAUUUAUUGACAGAUCGAAGUUACGAAACACCAUGGUUACUUCAUCACGUAGCUGAAAUGCAUUUGAUUUUAAGACAGGCUGAUAUCACAACACCUGUAAUUCAUUGACUGGCGCCUCUGAAUGUCUUGUAAAAGCGGAGACGUAAAUAGUGGGCUGUUCACCCUUUCCGCAAUGAAACUGAAUUAGCACAAUCUAAAUGUUCGUUGCAAAAUUUUUAUUCGUGAUCGAUAUAUGUAAGCGUUAUACCUUCUUUCCUGAUACACACGUUGCGAGACUACCGACUACAUUAUAUCAAUGAAUAAAUUGUAACUCGUAAACUUAAAUUAUUGUUUUCUAAAAUAUAAUGGAUUUUACUAGAAAACAAGUAUUUGCCCCUGGAAGAACGUUUUCCUCAAUCCGUUCGACUUACAGAACCCAGCCAGAACCAGAACCAGCUGUUGAUGGAGAGAUAGUGAUCUCUCACACGAUGCAACUCAAAAAAGAGUUGUUGUGUGUAAAGUACACACCAGCAUCUGAAUAUAUAGCUGCUGGAUUUAAUGAUGGUCAGAUAGGCAUUUUUAGCUCACACCAAGGGAAGAAAUAUUUCCUGACAGAUGAUGAUAUAAGACAAUCUGGUUCCCCAAUUACAGAUCUUAAACACCGACUUUAUCAAGACACAGGAAAUAGAAGAACAAUCACUGCCACUUAUGUAGAUGGACGUGUUAAAUGUUGGGACUACAACAAGAACGAUUGCAUUUACACAAUUCCAGAGCACAGAAUUACACUUGGCCUAGCAUAUCAUCACAGCAAACCAAAAUUUGUUACUGUUGGUGAUGAUGCAAAAGUAUUUUUAUAUGAUGAAGAAACAAAAAAACAAGAAAUGUUUUUCCAGGCCAGUGAGUCACCUAUCUACAUGGAUGGACAUACUUCACGAAUAUUUGCUGCCCGCUUCCAUCCUCAGCUAAACUACGAGUUUAUAACUGGAGGAUGGGACAGUACAGUUCAGUUCUGGGAUAUGCGACAGCCACAUUCUAUCCGAUACCUUUUUGGAGCACAUGUUUGUGGUGAUGGACUUGAUAUUAGUAUAGAUGGAAAUGAAAUAUUGACAUGUUGCUGGCAGAAAGAAAAUCCUUUGCAACUGUGGGAUUACACUUCCGGAAAGUUAAUCACCAACAGCCAACCGGACUUGCAAAAUGCAAUGACAAAGGCAUCCAUCAAAGAAUUCUCACGGGGAGUUUAUUCUGUGGACUGGGGAGAGAUUCGGUCCAAAAAGCCUAGGCAUCGCCACCUUGCAACUGUUAAGGGAGCACCUAUGUCAAGGAAUGGCUAUCCUCUGAAAGUUGCAUUCUGUGCAGCCAAGAAAAUUUAUGAGUGUGACCUCAUUUAAGCUUAAUGCUGACGCUUAGAAACAGGUGAGGAGAAGGAGUGAGAAGUUCAAAUUCCAAAUAAAAAGAAAAAAAAUUAAUUCAAGCAAUAAACAAUAUAUGUAAUUAUUUAUACAAACUAUGGUACAAAAGUUUUACACAUAAAUCACAAGAAUGGAAACAUUUACACAAAAGUGGAGAAAACAAUAUUACAAAUGUGAGUGCACAUGAAACUUAUGCACAAUUUCCGAGUCGGCUGCAAGUUUGUAUGACUAGAACAGCCAGCACAGUGUUGCGCUUAGUCAUGGCUCUAUACUGCAGGCACUGGUAGGCAAUUUAAAUUUCCUCAGGUUUUAAAAUUGCAAACACUACCGUCAUAAAAAGAAAUAAACAUCUGA